UUCACAGCGAUAGCAAGUUUCUUUAGCAAGGUUUGCGACAGAGAGAAGAAAGAAAAGCGAUGGCACUCACUCCCUUCUUCAAGCGCGGUGAUCUCACCAGCAUUUUCGACAGCCCCCUCGAUCGCUUCUUCGAUCCAUCGGCGAUCUUCGAGAGCGGCCCAUCUCGCCAGUUCGCCAAGGAUGCCAGCGCCGUCGCCAACACCCGCGUGGAUUGGGUUGAGACCCCGGAUGCGCAUGUCAUCAAGGCCGAUCUUCCAGGACUGAGCAAGGAGGAGAUCAAGAUCGAGAUCCAGGAUGGCAACACGCUGGUUCUCAGCGGCGAGCGCAAGAAGGAAAGCACGCAGGAGACGGACAAGUGGCACCGCGUGGAGCGCUCGUAUGGCUGCUUCUUGAGGAAGUUCCGACUGCCCGAGGACUCCAAGGUGGAAGAGAUCAACGCGAAGGUGGACAACGGCGUCCUCACCAUCAACGUCCCCAAAUCGAAGGAAACCAAGCCCGAGACCCGCUCUAUCAAUGUGGCUUAGAUCAAUGAGUCGAACGAGAGAAACCAGCUUGGGUCGGGUUAUAGCUUGAUUGUGGUCUGUUUUGUGGUCUAGCUUUGAUGUAAAGGUCCUCGAAUCGAAGUUUUUCCUUUUAUCAUGAUAAAUAAAGUGUGACAACCGAUGGUAAAAAA